AUGGAAGAAUUAAAGAAUAUCAUCCCUGAUGAGGUUAAAGAGAUUCUAUCAUGUCUACAAGAAGGGAACAGUAAUUUCCAGAAAUAUUUUGGAAUACUAAAAAAUGAGUAUUUAAAUAAAGAUCCAAUUAACAACACGACAUGUUUAGUAAAAUACAUUUUGAAGAAUUUAAAAAUCUCGGAAUUUCAAAAGAAUGCAUGUCAUUAUUUAGCGGAUAUAGUAUUAUAUAUUCAAGGAGUAAACAAAAUUAUAAGGGAAAAUGAAAAUGAGUUUACUGAGGAUAUAUUAAUAUUAGAUAAAAAAGACGAAUUUGAAUUCAGAGAAGGACAAAAUUAUGAUUCUGUAUAUCCACAUGAUACUAUAUAUCCAGAAUAUAGAGUAGAAAUACGAGAUGGUAGAUUAAGACAAUUCACUUCAAAAGAUUACAGAAAUGAGAUAAUAAAGAAUUGCACAAAAAAUAUAAAUUAUUUAGAAUUAAUGUAUGUCAUUAGUACUACUGUAUCUCCCCAAAAUGGAUAUGUUUUAUACAACAACAUUUUUCAUAAAGUUGAAAUUAGUUAUCAAUAUAAAUUAUUAUCUUUAGAAUAUUUUGCACAUGUUGUUAAUAAAAUAACAACAGAAAGAGCAAAAUAUAUAGCUCAAAUUUUGCCUCUGAUUUUAGAAAAAUUUUAUAGUAUAGAUGGAAGUCCAUAUUAUAAUGACCGUGUAAACAAUUUAGAUACAUUAGUUUCGAUGUGUAAAUUUGUUAAUGUUUUAUGUGAUGAAUCUAUAAAAGCACAAGAAGAUGAUAAGGAGGAUGUGGCUUUACACUCAAUUGUAGCCUUUAUCAUGAAAAUUUUAAGUUAUCACAAUACUGAUUUACCAAUAAACAGAAAUGUAGAAAGAUUACUUAAGCAUAUCCAUUAUGAUGAUUUAGAUUAUGAGGAAUGUCUAAAGGUGUACACCAAUUUAUCCUCUAAUUUGUACAAAAAUAAAAAAGAAAUUAUUGUAAAAGAAUGUUUAUCCUGCUUAACAUGGAGAUUAAGUAUAAUUAAUUCAAAUAUUCCACGUAUUCUGGAAAGUGUAAAUAUUAUAAUACCGAAUACAAAUACAUGUGCUUUGGAAAAUUCAACUUUAGAAAUUUCCAUCCUAUGCUAUCUAAUACUUAUAGAAAGAAUAAAUGAACUCUGCUUUCCUCUUAUAUAUUCAGAAUUGUAUUUAUUCAAUUUAAUGAUGCGAAAUAGUUACAAUCUAAUUUUAUGUGUCCCCGAGGUGAAUGAAAGAAUUAAAUAUAACUUGUUAAUUAAAGCGUAUCAUUUUAUAUUCGUUUGUUCUGUUAUAUCCAAAAUUAUUAGCAAAAGAAGUAGUGAAAAUUACAGUAAUAUUCAUAAUUUCAAAUGGAGACCAUUAGAAUUUCUAAAAACAUUACACCGGACUUUAUAUGAUUAUAGGAAAUUUAAAACAUACUCGAAAAGUAUCUACAACAGUAUAUGCAUUAUUAUGAGACAUUUUCAUUGGGAUAUUUUCUACUCAUUACAUUACAAAUUGUUAAAUGAAGCCCUUCCAGAUAAUGCCAGAAGUUUAAUUGCAGCAUUUGUAAAGGAUGAGAUAUAUAAACAAAUAAUACGUAUCAUUAAAAAAGAAGAUUUAAUGAAAGAAAAUCUGUAUAAAAAUGAAAAUUUUGCAAAAUACACGAACAUUCCUCCUAAUGGAUCCUGUGAAAAAAAUAAUACAAAUUCGCUCGUCACACAAGAAGGGAGUUUAGAAGAAAUGAAGAUAAACGAAUUUAUUAAAGAAAUAAAUAAUUUAGGACAGCAAAUAAAAAACAUUAUAUAUCUCCUCUUAAGUGAAGAUUCGGUAUUAUUAAAUGUAGAUUCGAUUAUUGUUGUGCUGAAUAUGAUUAAAAUGAUUCUACUCAAUAAAAAGUUUAAAUCCUUUUAUAAAUUCGUUGUAAACAUUGAUCAACCGUCUACAUGCUUUUUGCAAAGCAAAAUUAAACAUUUUUAUAAUCAAAUUAAAAUUGAAAAGACAAUAUUAGAAAGAGAAAAACGCGAAGAUGGUGGAGCACGUUACACGGGUAUGGAAGGAAAUGCACUAGUGGACAUACCCUACCACAAAAUGAUAAUAUCUAAGGAUAAUUCUAUUAGUAUGAAUGAACUAGAAAUUAUCGUUAUGUUGCUAGGAGACGUUGAAACCAGUAUCGAAAAUAUUAAAGCAUUCCAAGAAAGGUAA